UGGUCAAAUUUGGAUGUUCAAAAAAGAGUCAAUUUAUAAAAACGUCAACUCAUGAGAGUUCAAUAGCGGGUUUAUCUCAAUUCUAAAAAUUAUCGUUAACGCUUGAAGCGGUAUACAUUCGGGAAAAAUGCAUUACAAGCAAACGAAGCUGAGCGAUGUUUGGAGGACGUGCAAUAAAAUUCGGGCGGCGAUUUUCAGGAUAGGCUUGAAUCUUUGGGAUUAUUUCUUGCCGUUGGACCCGAACAAGAACAGGCUCAUUUCUGAAUCUCAGUUCAUUUCGGUUCUCUAUGGACAACUCCGAGGUAAAAUUGGCCUUUCUGAGCAGGAGAUCAGCGAUCUGGCCGACUACUUCAGAGUCCAGGAUGGUAGAGUGUUCUACGCGCAGCUAUGCGAGGUCAUCCACAACAGCGUGCCUGAUUUCAUGAAGAACCAACCCCUGGUCUCCGGCCUUGAAUGGGAGGACCCGAUGCAAGUGAACAGACUGAGCAUGAGCGAGGAGCGUAAGCUGAACCUGCUCCUGACCAAGAUAGCCACCGUGGUGAACAUGAGGAGACUGGUUAUGCGCCCAUAUUUCCAAGAUUACGAACUGAUAGCGAAAAACCAUGGCGUCGUUACCAUAGCCCAUUUCGCCAGGAUCCUGGACUUCUUGAAGAUCAUGGUAUCUCCGGUGGACUUCAACCUCCUAGUCAAGAAGUUCCUCAAGGACAGCUACACCGUGAACUACAUCGCCUUCUUGGGCGAACUGGACAAGAUCGUAGAGUACCUCAACCAGCACGGGGUCCUUGAUCUUGGAGGGGACAUGGUGGCGCAGUUCCCUGGUAGGGUGAUCGACGCGGAGUUGCCGAAAUUACCGAGGCCGGAGAUAGGUAAGAUCUUAGCCUCCUCCCUGUUCGGGAAGAAGAACGUCUUCCAUCCUGCUCUGAAGGAGAAGUACCAGAACGAGGAUCUCAUCACCAUUAUGAGUCGCAUCCAACAGCACGUCCUCAAGAACCGACUGAGGGUGAACGAGUUCUUCAGGGAUUUCGACCCUCUCCGAUGCGGCAAGAUAACGACUUCUCAAUUUCAUCGCGGGCUUGACUCCCUGGGUAUCAGCGGUAUCCAGAGGAUGUUCCUGUCGUUGCCAGAGAUCGAAACGUUGAUCACCCAGUAUAGGGACCCCACGGACCCGAUGAGGGUCUGUUGGCAGACCUUCGAGGACGACGUGGACCAAGUGUUCACCACCAAAAAUUUGGAGAAGACGCCCGAGCUGGAGGUCAAUCCUCCCUCUCAGGAGGUCCAGCUACUUCAGCGAAAGGGUACGAAGGCCUGGCACCAGGUGAACACGCCCAGGAGGGACCUCUGCGAGGAGGCAUUGGACAAGAUCAAGAAGAGGGUACUCAAGAGGGGUCUCCUCCUCAAACCCUCUUUCAGGGAUUACGAUAAAACUAACAAUGGCCACGUGACCAUACCGAACGCUCGUCAGUGUUUGGUCACCAACGGCAUCCUCUUGUCCGACGAGGAGCUGUACGCCCUGGAGGAGAGGUACAACAGCGACAUGGGCUUCAACUACUUCUGGUUCUUGAAGGAGGUGGAGCCCAAAAGGGAGGAAGUGCCCCUGUACCAGGGGUUGUACGCCAAGACCAAGGCGGUGAACGCGCCGCCUCCGAAGAAGCCGCCCACGAGGGCGGAGAAGGACAUCGUCCAGAUCCUGGCAAAGAUAAAGGCCAAGGUCGUCAGGGACAGGAUCAGGGUGAUCGAGUUCCUGAGGGAUUUCGACAGGUGCAACGAGCAGGUGGUGAAGAGGGAGGAUUUCAAGAGGGGCCUGUCGGACUGCAGGUUCGGUCUGAGCGAGAACGAGAUGGACACGCUGAUGGACGUGUUCGCGUCUCCCCUUCGUCGAGAAUGCAUAGACUAUCGAAAAUUCUCAGACGUCAUCGAGGAAUCCUUCACGCAAUCCUGCCUGGAGAGGGCGCCACUCAUAGUGCCCUUACAGCACGUGCCGACGAAGGACUGCGAGAAGAGCUUCCUCAACUUUGAAGAACGUCGCGCCGUCUCCGUCGCCCUGCAGAAGCUGGCCAAGAAACCAGACCUGCAGAUGAAUCUCCUCUGCGUCUUCCAGGAUUACGACAAGUCGAAUUGCGGCACAGUGACAAGAGAACAGUUCUUGAAAGCCCUACAUAUGCGAGGGAUGGCGGACUUAGUUUCAACGAAUGAAUUUGAGGUUAUCUGCAAAUGCUUCGGUUUCGAGAGGGGUAUGAGAGACGAAGUUGAUUACCGAUCAUUCAUCAAGGCCCUGGAUGUUUUAUAUGCGACUGAUAAAUACACACCUAUAUGAUUUUGUUAUACACAAACAAAUAUAAUUAUCUUAAA